CGAUGUUAUGAUGCGACGAUGGAAGUGAAUGGCGAAAGUACCAAUGCGAGCAGUUGCGACGACAAUGGUAAUGGUAUCGAUAGCCAACGACGCCAGAACGGUAAAUAUGAUAGUAGUGCAAGAGAACAUUCCAGCGGACCAUAA